AUGGAAACAGUUUAUGAAAUUCGUUUUGAGAAUGGCACAGAUUAUGGGAAAGUUCUGCUGUGUGAAGUUGCGUUGGAUAAUGUCACUUUCACGUGUGUUGAGGACUAUGCCAAUAAUUCAACCCUUCCUGCCAAAGAUAUGCAUCAGACAGUGAGAAUCUUGCUGUACUCUUUGAUAUUUCUGCUAAGUGUUCUUGGGAACAGCCUGGUAAUUGUUGUCUUGAUAAGGAACAAGAGGAUGAGAACUGUCACUAAUAUCUUCCUGUUAUCCCUGGCUGUCAGUGACCUUAUGCUGUCUCUCUUCUGUAUGCCAUUUACUCUCAUUCCCAACCUGCUAAAGGACUUUAUUUUUGGUAGUGCUAUGUGCAAGACUGCUACCUACUUCAUGGGCAUCUCAGUGAGUGUUUCAACCUUCAAUCUAGUUGCCAUAUCUCUGGAACGAUACAGUGCCAUAUGUAAGCCUUUGCAGUCGAGAGUCUGGCAAACCAAGUCCCAUGCUUUGAAGGUGAUUACAGCAACGUGGUGCGUUUCAUUUACUAUAAUGUCCCCAUAUCCAAUUUACAGCACCUUGAUUCCAUUCGAAAAGUUACAAAACAGAACAGGAAAUAUGUGUCGUCUUCAGUGGCCCAGUGACCUCACACAGCAAUCAUGGUAUAUCUUCUUGCUGCUUAUCCUUUUCUUGGUUCCUGGAAUUAUUAUGAUGGUGGCAUAUGGAUUAAUAUCAUUGGAGUUAUACAGAGGCAUAAGGUUUGAAGUCAAGCAGAAGAAAGAGCGAACAAACAGCAUAAGCAGUGCCCAGUUUGAAAAUGGAGAUGGCUGCUAUAUUCAAAAGUCAAAAAGGAGGAAAAAGAUAGAAAUGCAGCAACUAUCUACAAAUAACAGGACUAAAAUAGAAAGGGUGAGGAGUAACAGCUCAGCUGCUAACCUGAUGGCAAAGAAGAGAGUGAUCCGAAUGCUCAUUGUAAUUGUCAUCUUGUUUUUUUUGUGCUGGACUCCUGUAUUUAGCGCAAAUGCCUGGAGAGCCUUUGACACCACAUCAGCAGAUAUUCUCCUCUCUGGAGCUCCCAUUUCUUUUAUACAUCUGCUGUCCUAUACCUCUGCUUGUGUGAAUCCCAUCAUUUACUGCUUCAUGAACAAACGUUUUCGUCUGGGAUUCAUAGCAACGUUCACUUGUUGCGCAAAGAGAGAUGCUCAGGGCAGAGAGAUGACGCCUGGAAUAGCAGAAGAAGAGGGCAGGACAACAGGAGCGUCAUUGUCCAGGUACACCUACACCAACAUCAGUAUAUCUGCAACUACGUCUGCCCCUACAUGAAUGUAAGUGGAGAUUACUUAUAAAGGACUGACUGGUUGCACAAUGGAAUUUAUAACAAUCGUAGAAUUGGACACUGGAACUGUUGGCCACUGUGUUCCAUUGAGAGUUGAAUUUUG